AUGGCACCAAAGGAAAAAUGCGCUAAAUACCAGUACGUUGUCACUUCUUCGGGACCUCAAAUAGUCCCUGUACCAGACCAGGAAUCGAAGGAAGAGGAAUCGCCUGCUGAUUAUAAUGCUGGCGGUUACCUGCCUAUCAAGAUCAACGAUUCCUUCAAACAUGCCCGUUACACUGUAGUCCGCAAACUUGGUUGGGGUCAUUUUUCGACAGUAUGGCUCGUCAAGGAUGCGCAUCAACGCCGUCAUUCAGCUUUGAAGGUCGUUAAAUCCGCAGGUCGCUAUUCCGAAACUGCCCGAGACGAGAUAAAGCUGCUUUCUCAAGUCGCUGCCGCCAAUCCCCUACACCCUGGCCGCUCGCACAUCGUCUCCUUCUUCGACUCAUUUGAUCACCCCGCUCCGAAUGACCUGCAUGUAUGCAUAGUGUUUGAACCGCUUGGCGAGAACCUUCUUGCUCUUAUCGAGCGCAACAAGAAGAAAGGCGUUCCUCCACCAUUCGUAAAGAUUAUCUCUAAGCAGAUUUUACUAGGCUUACAGUAUUUGCACGACGAAUGCGACUUGGUUCAUACAGAUAUCAAACCUGAGAAUAUAUUAAUUUCAAUACCGGAUAUUGAAUCCCACAUUAAUACAGAACUUUCUCUGUCUUCCUCUCCCACGUCCCGUCGUCGUCGCAUUAUUGGCCGUGAACGCCAUGUUCAGAUAUUUGAUUCGCAACCACUAUCAAGCCCUUCGUCUAGGAGUGGUAGCAUCAGUGCAAGCGCAAGUCGUCACAAUUUGAAGAUGUCCGUGCCGAGUAUCAUCUCGCUUGGCCAAUCCUUUACCAGUUGUAGCGCCAAUCAGCCAUCAGAACCAUUGAGUCCUUCAAUAUUGUCGUCCUCUUCCAGCCUAGUCAGCACGCCACCGACAUCUGUUGGCCUGUCAUCCCCUAGCUCUUCAUCCCCGUCUACCACACCUAAUGCGAAUCCUACCUCCACACACUUGCCCAUAACCGUAAAGAUCGCUGAUCUUGGUAACGCAACUCCCUCGAGGAAACACUACACAGAGGAUAUCCAAACGCGGCAGUACAGAGCUCCUGAAGCCAUACUCGGACGUAAAGACUGGGGAACGCGCGUCGAUAUAUGGAGCGUGGCAUGCCUCAUAUUUGAGCUGCUCACUGCCGAGUACCUGUUUGAUCCACAUGGACAAGGUGAACUUUUCACUAAGGACGACGACCAUAUGGCGCAGAUUAUGGAGUUGAUGGGCGACUUUCCGAUGGAGGCCAAGAUGGAUGGGAAGUAUAGCAGAGAGUUGUUUGACCAUUCGGGGUCACUUCGGUACAUCAAGACCCUGAAACCGUGGCCGCUCAAUCGAGUCAUGACUGAGAAGUAUUUGUUUUCUUCUGCCGAAUCUGCAGAGCUGUGCGCGUUUUUGGAGCCAAUGCUCGCCGUUGAUCAACGGGACAGAAAGGAGGCUCGAGACGUCGUAGGGCAUCCGUGGCUGGAGGUGAAAGACGAAGAAUGGGUGGGUUUAGAAGACUGGUGAGCCAGCUAUCGCACGACCCCCAGUACAAGCCUCGAGGUCCUACGUCAUAGGACGUGGCAAUGCUCUUUCUUUUAAUGCUUUAUGCUUUAUCUUAUCUUAUUCUAUUUCUAUUCCUGCCUUUUUCUUUCUUCCGGGCUCACUGUUUCUCACACUGGAUUGACUGCACACUAGAGGUAUAUAUGGUGAAUAGAGGUUCCAUCUUCAUUCUUCCGACUCUUUGCUCUUCCUGGUCUUUUUUGGCAUUACGAGGUGAUUAUACGGGUACUUCAGCUGUCUGUUUCCCUUCUACUGCCAAGCUUUUUGUUUUUAUUAUUAUUGUUUCACCACAUAUACCCCGCAUGACUGUGACGACGUUACUCUUUGCUUGUGAGCAGGCUUUCUGUGUCUCCCCUGUUCUGCUAUUCCCGUCUGUACAAGUAGGCCAUGAUUGUACGACCUUUAUACAUAUGAUUCCACUUUGAACUUGCUGAGCCGGUCCGACUUCAAUCAAAACCGGUCAAACUUGCCAAUCUCCUCCCCCCUUGAUUAGGCUACGAGACUGCAACCAUACAACUCCCCUACUCGAACAUAUGGCUGAUAGCGCUAAAGAUGCAGUGUCGCAAGCUGGAGCUGCCUUCAGGGAGGACGGAAAAUUCGGGUCUGUGUUUGGGAGGGACUGCACAGAAGGUUGACCUUGCCUUCCCCUUUCUGGUACUGGGCGGCUCGAUUGUAGAGUUCACGACGGAUGGAUUAAUGGGAGGCACGGCACAGAUUGCAGGCGCAAAAAUCAGUGAAUCUGCUAAUACAAAACAGAACCCUCAGAGUGGGUCAACAGAUAGAUCGACUAGACCUGCAGAUCGUUGAUUCUUGUAUCGUGCGGUAGUUAUUU